CGUUGUACUAGAUAAUUGUGCUCAGAGUGCACCGUAGGCAAGUGAAGUGAUAGCAAAAAUGGACAAAUUCUCGAUGAUGGCUGCGCUAGGCGUCCUGGCGCUUUUGGCAGUGGCUCGUGCGAUGCCAAAACCUGGCUCCGACUCGUUAGAGGACGAGUCAUUCGAGGCCCGUGAGUUGAUGGAGGAGUUACCCGAGAUCCCUGAAAGUACGGAGGAUGAAACGAGCCGAAACGACAGUGGCCUAGAUGAGGCCUACGUUGCCCUGACGGAGGCGAUGCAGACUGCGUGGAUGUGCGCGAAUACUUCAGUCGACUUGGAAAACAUAAUGUCGGACGUCAAUACGCUAUCCAACGAGACUCGUAGCGGAUUCUUCUCACAGUACUGCCCGCAACUGGAAAGAGCUGGUUUGUGUCUAGACGAUCUGCUGAACGCCGCCAGAUCCUACUUCAAGGAAGACGUUUUCAUCAUCGUCAAGGCACUGGCGGGCAACUACCCGGAUGCGGUUGAUCUGAUUUGCAAAAACGAUGGCGAAAUAAUAUUCAAGCUGUCCGAGCCAACAACCAAGCAAUGUUUCGGAAAACUGUGGGACGAAAUGAUGGAGUAUGCGCUAGUGACGUUUUUUUUUGCGACUUACACCUUGGACAUGUCACACCUGACGGAAAGUGAAUGCGAAACCUUAUACCAACUGAGACAGUACAUCGAGGGUGAGUUGAACGUUUGCAAAGCCCUGGACGUAAUGAGCGUGUACGAUCUAUUCCACAACACGCUGUUCAGCGUCACUACUUGCCGCAAUUAUGUGCCGACGGAGACGGAGAUUGAAAACAACACACUCAACUAGAAUUAAUGCAAGUGUAUAACGUUACAGGAAUUGUUUGAAAUUGUAAUACACUUUACAUGGCACUUUACAUGGAAUAAAUCUUGUUUUGAUAGCAUCAUCA